AUGACCGUCACUCAGGACGUGCCCCCGGCACCGAAUGUCCACGGCCAGAAAACAUGUCUCAGGGAACCGCUAAAGCUGAAGGGUCUCCUGGACAACUACAAGUCUUUCAACGUCACACCCACAAUCGGAACAGAGUUUCCAGACGCCAACGUGGUAGAUUGGAUGAAAGCUGCAAACAAAGAUGAGCUCCUCCGCGACUUGGCUGUCACCAUCUCUCGUCGAGGCGUUGUUUUCUUUCGUGCCCAAAAUGACCUUACUGACGAGCUUCAGAAAGAGUUGGCCCAACGUCUAGGUGUUCUCACAGGCAAACCAGACUCCUCAAGACUGCACAUCCACCCUCUGACCUACCACAACCUUGACAAGGAUCCAGAACUUAACGUUAUCACGACCGACCAAGCUGCAAAUCCUGCAGAAGACCUUUGGAAAAACAGACCCGCCGACAUCAGAAACAGCUGGCAUACGGAUACCAGCUACGAGCCUAAUCCCGCCGACUACUCGAUCUUGAAGCUCAUCAAGCUGCCCGAAACUGGCGGAGACACCAUGUGGGCUUCAUCCUGCGAAAUUUACGACAAGAUCUCCCCCGCCUACCGCUGUUUCCUCGAAGGCCUAACCGCCACCUUCUCCCAGUCCAGACUCCCCGCUUCCGCUGCUGCAAAGGGCUUUGAGCUCUAUUCUAAGCCUCGUGGGUCCCCAAAUAACGUCGGCACUUCCCUUCGUACCAUCCACCCAGUUGUUCGCACCAACCCGGUUACCGGGUGGAAGAGUCUUUUUGCCGUGGGAAACCACGUCGAACAUAUCAACGAUGUGACCCCUGGCGAAAGCAAGCGGCUGCACGACUGGUUCCUGCAGAUGAUCGUGGAAGAGCAUGAUGCUCAGCUGAGGCAUCGGUGGGAAAAUCAGUAUGAUAUCGCUAUCUGGGAUAACCGCACCGUCUACCACACUGCCCUUUUCGAUUUCGCUGGCUUAGGUGCUCGGACCGGUCAUCGGGCGGUUGGCAUCGGCGAGAAACCUUACUUCGACCCGAACAGCAAGACCCGGCGCGAGGCACUUGCUGAGGAAGGAGUGGGCUGCUAG